AAAACGGGCGUAUAAUUCAUGUAACACCAAGUACAGUCUUUCUUCUUUCUUCUAAUUAAUGUUUGUCCUAAAUAUUAUAAACGAAGAUUGUGUUUCUGAACCAAACCGCUGAUCCCAACCGGACAAAUCAAAAUGUAACACCGAUACGCUGUUGUCAUAACAACGCAAACAAUGAGCAUUUUAUUCGGAACCACACAACGGUAUUUCUGUAAGUGAAGCUCACAGCAAGACCUUUAUGAUUUAGUGAAUAACUUUAUUAUUUUUUUAUAGUUGACAGAAUGAUUCCACCUGCCGAGUCUCUCCUGAAAUACGAGAAUGCUGUUUUGGUCAGCAAAAGCACAGACAGAAAAUCACCAAAGGGACGGCCUUUGAGAGUAAGCCCUCAGCAGCCUGCUGACUCUAGCCCUGUUCCCCAACCCCCAAAACCAAAAUCAGCCUCUGCUGAUGCCACCAAGCAGGAAAAUGAUGAGAUCCUCAAUUCCAUCCUUCCACCCAGGGAAUGGAUGGAGGGAAACGAAUUGUGGGUUCAACAAGUAUCCAGUGCACCUUGUACACGAGCAGAUGUUAUUCGCCUAGAGGAACUGCUGGACAUCAAGAUGCAGCAGAGGCAGGCCAGACAGACAGGAAUCUGCCCCGUCCGCAGGGAGCUCUUCUCCCAGUGCUUUGAUGAGCUAAUCAGACAGGUGACCAUCAAUUGUGCCGAGAGGGGUCUGCUUCUGUUGAGGGUCAGAGAUGAGAUUCAAAUGACUAUGGCCGCCUACCAGACACUGUAUGAGAGCAGCGUGGCUUUUGGAAUGAGGAAAGCACUGCAGGCUGAGGAGGGCAAGGACGACAUGGAGAGAAGAAUCUCUGAACUGGGAGAUGAGAAACAAGAGUUAAAGAAGCAAUUGAAUGAGGAGAAAGCUAAAAGCGUUUCCAUUGAAAAGAGAGAAAAUGAGAAGCGACAGGUGGAGGAAAAGAAGCACAGUGAAGAGAUUCAUUUCCUGAAGAGAACCAACCAGCAGCUCAAGGUAUGGUUUAUUAAUAAAACAAGAAAAGCACCUUCUUUAGAUUUAACACGGAUAGUAGCCGUGUUGCCUGUUUUCAGAAUUGACAUUUUUCUUUCUAUUUAGAACCAACUGGAAGGGAUCAUUACGCCAAAGAA